AUGACCUCUUCACCAGCGGCAGCUCUGGAGAAUCGACACAUCUCGGAACAAAUAGGGCAGCAGAAUGGCAGAACUAGUGCACUGGUAACACCCAUUACCUUGGGUUCGCAAACUUGGAGUGAUCAGGCGUCGGGGCAGAGCACCACGUUCGACGACGUGCCAAUGACCUCAAACAACGAGAGGACUGCGGACCCUCCAAGACCAGAGCCAGUUACAAAGCGAGAAAGCCGAUUCGCGUCUUUGUUCAUCGCAUUACUGGCCGUCAGCCCUAUGGCUAUCGAAUAUGACGCAGCCGAUCAGCAGACGAUCGAGACGGCACAGAACGCAUCUGUAAGCGCGACACAACCGGAAUCUCCCAAGAAGACCGAUAAUCCGACAAAAACCAGAAUCAAGAAGUCAAAGAUCCGUAGGACCAAAUGGAGGCGGUUCAAGUACGAACUGAAACUGAAGAUGAGGAUUACCGGCAGACGGAAGGCAAAGGAUCGAUGGAAGUGGACGCAGGCGGAGGAUGUAGAGUUGGAGGUCUUGAGAUCAGAAGAGCGAAAUGUGUAUACGGAUAUGGAAAGGCAGCAUAGCAGCUGA